UACAUUUAAAAAAAAUGCGAUCUUGGUAGGCUGUGUAAAUGCUCAAUAAGCGUAAUAAUUAUAGUUUGGGUGCUCUUUUGGACAUAACGUUAUGGUUACAUUUGAUUUUUUGUGUUGGGGUCAAAUUGGCGGGAACGUGCAAAUCCAUUUGUUUGAAUUUCCCUAACGUUCUAAAACGUUGGAGUUCGUGUUAGAUUGUUUUUUUGAAGCAGUUGCUACAGCGUUGCUUUUAAGCUGCAAAGGACGAGGACCGCUGCUUUUACUCCUUCCUGAAAAUGGAGGAUACUUUUACUACUCCACCGCGGCGACAAGCGAAGAGCGCGCGGGCUAGUUUUGUGGAUUCGGCGUUGCAGGCGCCCAAUGACGACUUCGCCGAAAGGCACAGUAGACAGCAGGAACUUCUGCAAGAACUUCAUUCGCUACAUAUUGAAUCUCCUGGAACACCGGGCAGAAAGCGCAGGUCUGUUGGAUUGGUGCCCCCGACAUUCACCGAUGUCCAGCUUGCUGAACAUUACUCCAACUGUAUCCGUCUGUCGAACGAAAACAAAAUUACGUCCAAAAAUGCAUUUCAGUUGCAUUUAAUUGACCACAUCAGAAAGGUCUUGCAAGCCGAAGAUGGAACUACAAAUUUCCAGAGUGCCAGCUGUACACUCGAUGCCAGUGCCAAGAUUUAUGCUCACCGUGUGGAUCAUGUGCAUUCUGAAGCUUUGCACAUUGCUGGAGAACUUGGAAUUUCAUCGAGAAUUAGGAAACGUGAACUGAAAGCACAACCCAAAAAUGAGGAUCCUGACCAACCAGAAGUGGGUACAAAAGGCCGUGCAAAGAGAACUAAGGGCCGUGGUUCCUCUACACUGGUGCGGAAUGUGAAAACAAUCACGAUUGAAAAAGUGGAAACUGUGAGACCUAUUGACCCACUCCAGGAGUUCAUCCGGGUUAACAGCACAUGUGGAACAUCAGACUGCUUUGUCAUGAAUCACAUUUCUUCAUUCAGUGACAGAGGGGAGCUGAUGUUCCUAGAUGCAUCAAGAAAACUCGAAAGCAUCAAAGAAACUCGCAGCAAAGCACCAAUAGAUUACCUGCAAAGAUGUCUAAAAAACACAAAUGGAGUAUGUGAAGAUCUUGGGCUCCUCUGCAUGUGGAAUGAAAGUGUUGAAGCAGAACGGCAUGAUACCCCAGGAUUACCAGACAUGUCCAGCCUUCAUUGUCCGAACUCCAGUGUUGCAGCCACGGAGGAACAAGUGCCAAGUCUGCCCUAUGUAGGUGACUGCAAUGGCCUGGAUGACGAGAGUUCUGAUCUUUAUGAUGCCUGUCACAGCCCAGAGCGGCCUGAGGACUUGAUCAAGGGUGGCAUAUCAGAACUUGUCAAGUAUCUUGCACCAGUACCUCAAGAUUACUCAUAUUUCACAGACAAGUUGCCCUUUGUGCCACAUGGACCAGAACAUUGGCGUCUGCGCAUAGGGAAAGCAAAGGCAACAAGACCAGUAAGAGGGCGAAAGAAGACUGAAAAGGUCACCCCCUUUUUAGUUUUUGGGGAGCUGCUGCCGGACUUCACAGAGUUCGCACGAUUGAAGAAGGACCCUGUUCUGGAAAAGACAACGUUAAAUUCAUGGAAAAAAUCCAAAAACUUGAUGGCACAGAAAAAGAAUGGGGAAGACAUUACUCUAGGUAGCCUGGUUUUACUUCAAGACCACAAGGUUCCCAAGUUCAUUCUAAGUUCUACUGGAUUUGCUGCUGGUGAUGCUGAUACCAGCCCUGACAGUGGUCUUCCGCCUGAUAUGAAUGACGAUUCCAACCUGUCUGUGGACCAUGCUGUUGACAUUGAACCACCUAAUCCAGUGGAACUUUUGCCGCCGCCGCCACCACCACCUGAACUUAAACCUGUGGUUCCUUCCCAUCCAAAGCCGCCAAAGUUCCAGUUUUCAUUCAAGAGGUUUGAUAUGAAAGAUAUGAAACAAGCAAUGUGGUUCACAUUGACUGCCAAUAGUGACAACAAGGAGAAUAUCCCAAGCUCUUCAAAUGUGCUUGACAAGGCAGCCAUUACUAAGCUCACCUUUCGGAGCUUGUAUAAACAUGUGAGACCCCGACUGAACCAUAUCAACCGGGAAAGCCUUAAUGUUCCAGUGGCUUUUGUGGCACUGCUUCACUUGGCGGCAGAAAAGGAGUUUUUUGUGGAAUCGGUCAAGGACAUGACAGACUUGACAAUCAAGUUGGAAAUAUAAAAGCUGCACAGCAGCUUUCAUUAAGCAACCUUAUGCACUGAACAAUCUGGUUGGUACACAUGGAAACAGCCAUUCAUGGGCCUUGUUUUAUCGGAUGACCUUGCAUGCGAAAUGUACAGUUUGUAUGCAAGGGAACAACCAUAUUCAAACAUUGUUUAAUGGUAUAACCUCAUGUACUGAGUUUUUAUGCUAUAUGCUAUGUACAAGCAUUUCUAUAGACAUUGUUUUUUGUUCUUAAUAAAGCGGAUGCUUUUACAGCAUUGUGUGCUUGAA